CAGUAUGACAGUCGACAGUAAAUAGGUACAUAAGCGUGCUUGACAUUAGAAGACUUAGUCUAAAUGGUCGUAGAUAAGACUCCGCAUCGUUACCUGGGCAAUCAGUCGGUGAUGACCACAUCUCUGUUCUUCGCCGUGGCAGUUAUUGCUAUGGUGACCGCUGAUGGAAUGACAUCGCUCCAACAAUGGAGACGGGAGAAACCUACACAAAUAAAUACUGAAAGACUACCACGAAGCGUUGACGAAUGUGGUGGCAUGUAUACUACUAAUUACGGUCAAUUCACAUCCCCGAAUUACUCUAUGGUAUACCCGAAUAAUGUUAAAUGUAAAUAUACUAUAUCUGUGACGUCCGGCUGGUUAAUAUGGCUACAAUUUGUGACUAUGGACAUGGAACAAUCGUCAGACUGCUACGCGGAUAGCCUCCGGAUAUACAAAGGUAAAAGCGACGCAACCGAGCCGCUUCAUAAUCUGUGCGGAUUAAACCUCAGCUUGCCGGCCAUAAAAGUGAACUCAUCGGACGUGUACAUUGUUUUCAAGUCGGACUCAGUCGGAAGUGGACGGGGAUUCAAAGUGGAGUACUUCGCGUUUGACGAGUCAGGGGCUCAUCAGAGGGAUUCUUAUACAAUGUGUCAAGACAACGUUGCCAUGGCACCGAGUGGCGUUCUCCUGUCUCAUCAAGGUUUCCCGGGCAACAACUAUGCGGAACACGCCGUGUGCAAAUUGAUAAUUCCAACUAGUGGUAAAUACGACGGCGUCAAGAUUGAGUUUUUCGACGUCUAUCUGAAAGUGUUUUCCGCCGGAACUUGCCAAGAAGAGAGCGAAACAAUUGUAGUAUACAAGAUGUAUCAUCGAGAACAUCUGGAGAUAUGUCGCAAUGAAUGGAGGAAGGUAUCUGUCAUGGUACCUGGAGACGACAAUUUUCCAGUCUUGCUCACUUUCCAUACAAGCCAACAUCGACUUGCUCCGUACCGAGGAUUUAAAGCCAUAUAUACUCAGUAUUAUGCCGACACUAAAUAUAUGUGGGAAGGAAGCGUGGGCUGCAAACAUGGCGAUUUCCACUGCAGGAACAGCCAAAUAUGCAUUCCCGAAUCCCUAGUGUGUGAUGGUUAUAACCAUUGCGGUGAUUUCCAGGAUGAACGUAACUGUGGUAACGAUUUUCUUUUCUCCGCGACCAGAAGAUGUGUGCAACCCAGACGAGUUCUAUUGCGGAGACUACGGCAGAUACGGAUCAGCAUGUAUAUAUAGAAUGAACGCAUUGUGUGAUGGAUGGCGUGAUUGUCCUAAUGGCGCCGAUGAAAAAAACUGCGCUAAUAUAC